AUGCCACCCACUGAGGCUGAGCAGAGCGGUUACCUAGGAUCCAUCUCAUGCCUGGGCAGGAGUGGUGACAGCCCUCCUUGGAAGGUGUCUCCGGGGAAUGGGGGCGGUCCCCACCCAGCUCCCGCCACUGAGCUGAAGGAGGCGCUGGCACCUUCCAAAGGUGCAAUGUAUGUCGUCUCCGGCCCGCCCCCUCCCACGCUGGAGUCUAUGACUCUUGGCCCCGGAACCCCGCGAUCGCCCCACGAUCAUCCAAGGCCUCCAGAGCCGGGGCAUCCAGGACGGCCAGGCUCGCCGCCGCCACCGCCCCCAGCGCGCGUGUCCCGCCCGCGCGCACCUGCCGCGUCCGCGCGCCCCACUCACCGCGCGCGCGCCCGGGGCCCAACCAAGCCGGAGCGAGAAACAGACUCCGGGGCGGGGGCUGUGACCACCGGGGGACCCCCCCCCUCCCGCACUACACAAAGUGACGGCCGCGAGCUGCGCGACGGCAGAGGAGGCGGUGGCGCGUGGGCACCGGAAGUGCCGCCUGCCGGCCCCGCCUUGUCCGCGCCCACGGGAGGGCACUUCCGGUCAUGGGGCGUCACGGAGCUCUGGGUGCAGACAGGGGGGCUGCCGCGUCGCACCCCCGUGUGCGUGAAGGAUACUUGUGGCUACCCAUGA